AUGUCAAACUCUAAUUCAAGAAAACCCGUUGCGAAUUAUGCAUAUCGUCAACAGCAAGAUUACAACGGGAUGAAUUCCAUGGUAGGAAAUCCAAUGAUGUACCAUCCUGUUGAUUUCGUAAACGGUGCCGGCCAGUACGGUCCCUCCCAACACCCAGCAUAUUACACCAACUCACCAUUGCCUAAUAUUCCACCGACGCCUUUUGAUACGGCAUACGGUGCCAGUCUUUUGCCAUCUCACCUAUUGAUGGGGUCGCCGUUUGUUUCCUCGCCUAACAUGCAAAAUGGCUAUAAUCCUGCAAGAUCAUCCAAUCUUAAAAGAAAGGCUUAUUCGAGGCCUGUUUCUAAUCACAACGGUUACAAUGGAAACAGUAAUAAUAACCACAACAACAAUAAUAACGGAAUGGUAACUCCUUCAAACUAUUAUAGAGUGGGAAGAAAUUCUUUCUCGAGGAACAACAACAGUACGAGGAAUGUUACUCAAAACAACAAUAAGGGGUGCGACACCAGGAACAGCAGCGGAAGAAGAACAUCCAUAAGGAACAACAUUUUUGAUGAUAUAAAUCCAGAAAUAGUCUUACAAAGGCCUUUCCGUAUUAAUUACAAGGUUCUACCGACUGGUGAUGAUGCUUAUAGGACUAGGUCGCUGCUUAUUGAAAACGUGGAUCGUUCUACCGAUUUGCACUCUAUAGUCAAGCAUUUUGUCAAAUCCAAUACUCUGGAAAGUGCCUAUAUAAUUGACGGGAAGAAGAGUGAUGACUUAAAAGAUGCGAAGGCCAAAAAUCUAUCCAUUCUGAUAAGCUUCUUGACCAAAGGCGACUGUUUGAAUUUCUAUAAUAACAUUUUACAAAGGUUAUCUGAAUUCAAAACAUUUUUAAAAUCUGAAUCACUAAACCUGAAAUUUGUUUGCUUAAAUUAUGAUCCCAAAUGCCUCUCUACCUUUAUUGAGAAUGAUGCAUUAACAGAGAAUGCUGAGCAAACUGAGAUCACCGAUGACUCGACAAUCAUUAGCGCUUCGCUGCACCAUGAUGUAGAGAACAAAGAUGCUACAAGGUCGAUUAUAAUUGAAUUCAAAAGUCCCUUGGAGAAAAGUGAUUUAUUCAAAAAGAAAUUACUAUUUUUGGACAGGUCAAAAAACAAAAGAUACAUUUUAGAAUCUAUUGAUUUAGUCAACACCGAUGUACCUUCAAAUCAAUUCCCUGAAAAUUACGCUGUGUUGACAUUUUUGAACAUCUUUAUGGCGAUUGAAGUUCUCGACUACUUGAAAAAAUACUCCAAAAAUUUAGGCAUUUCCAAAUGUUUUUACGUAUCCCUAGCGCCGUUGGUAGUUAGCUCAGCUAGAUCUUCAGUCGCUAAUAUUUACGAGAGUAGAACGAGCACACAUCGUUUAUCAGCGCCUUCUGUUCCCGUUGGGAACAAUAAUGAUAGCAACAACAACAACCACAACAACAGCAACAAUAAUAAAAGUAAUAUCACCACACACAAUAUUAAUAGUAGCAUUGGUGCUUCCAUAUACGGACACUCUAAUAUGAGCUUAACAAGUCUGUCAUCGUCUGUCUCCUUAAAUGAAGAGAUUGAUAUGCUAACGACGAAACUCCAAGGGAUAGAACUUGAUGGAACUGAUUUGGAAAUUAACUAUCAUGACUAUCAAACACCAACCAUUGAAGAACACUCUACUCACUUGAGCAAUGUCAAAAUUUCAAAAACAACAGAAAACUCUAGGCAAUUCUCCCAAGAUAUCCCAUCACCUUUGCCAUUAAAUGAACAAAUGUUUAUGAAUGAUUCCAAUCAGUCCAGUGGGGCGAUAAUACCUCAACAGUUGAUAGCCACGCCUUCUCCAGCAUCUCCCAAUUUGCAAAUGAAUCAAAGAGUAUUGCCAAAUCCAAUAACUCGGAGUUUGGAGCAAAAUUUCAAUGUUUCAGCCAAAGUGGCAUCAUCCAUGGGCUCAGACAUCGGCAAUAGAACAAUUUAUAUAGGAAACAUUAAUCCGAGAUCAAAGGCGGAGGAUAUCUGCAAUGUCGUUCGUGGAGGGAUUCUUCAGAGUAUUAAAUACAUACCAGAGAAGAAGAUAUGCUUUGUUACUUUCAUCGAAGCUCCAUCUGCUGUACAAUUCUAUGCGAAUUCGUUCAUUGACCCAAUAGUGUUACAUGGUAAUAUGCUAAGAGUUGGGUGGGGGCAUUAUUCCGGUCCAUUACCGAAAUCAAUCUCGUUGGCUGUUACGAUCGGGGCAAGUAGAAAUGUCUACGUAAGUCUCCCAGAGUUCGCAUUUAAGGAAAAGUUCAUUCACGACCCUCAGUACAAAAAAUUGCAUGAGACAUUAUCUCUGCCUGAUGCGGAACAAUUAAGAGAAGACUUUAGUACCUAUGGGGAUAUUGAGCAGAUUAAUUAUUUAAGUGAUAGCCAUUGCUGUUGGAUAAAUUUCAUGAAUAUAUCGUCCGCGAUCAGUCUUGUUGAAGAAAUUAACAAGGAAUCAACAGUAAAAAAUGAAUACGGUGAAGUGACACUCAAAAGAGCAACUGAGGAAAAAUUUGGCGGCCGUUAUAAGGGGCUUUUGAUAAACUACGGCAAAGAUCGUUGUGGUAAUAUAAACAAAAACUUGAUAGCGGGUAAAAAUUCGAGAUUUUAUAAGAAGGUUAAAAGACCGAGCUAUAAUAUACGUUUGAGUAAGCUGGAAGAAAGAAGGAGGCAGAAUGAAAUCGAUAAAAAAGAAAAGGCUUUUGAUAAACCCUUAAACUUAGAAUCCCUAGGUAUUAGUCUAGACGCACACAAGGACAGUGGCUUUGGUGGAACAGGAACCGAGAGAACUACUGGGCGCGAGAAUGAAAGUGAGGUGGAGGCUGAAAACGAAGAUAAUAAUGGGGUCGGAAGUCUAGGUGGCCUAGGUCUUGGAGUGGCAAGCUCUGACGUCAAACGCGCAGCCUCAGAUGAAACUGAUUAUGAAGAUCUAUUUAACAAGUCGUCUGGAUCUUCCGAUUCAUCGUCAGACAUUGAAGUCAUUAUGCAUUCCCCGAGCGAUCCUGAAUAUGCUUUGAAAUCGCAGACUUUAAGAAGCUCGAGUCAGACUGUUAUUAAUAGUAAGAGGCCAGUGAAGGUAGAAGAUGAGGAAGAUGUGGUAGAUCUAUCACAGCUCAACCGUGGGUCAUCGUUAAGGCAAGCUCCUCCAAGAGCUCCCUCAACUUUGUCCUAUAAUCACUCGAAAAAGUACGAAACGCCAACGCAAGACAUCUUGACAAAUGGCGAAACAGCAAAUAACAAAAGGAAGAAGAGAGGUUCUUUCCCAAGGCAUAGAACGAUACCAGGAUCAGAUGUCAUGGCCCAAUACCUCGCACAAGUGCAACAUUCAACAUUUAUGUAUGCAGCUAAUAUUCUGGGUGCCUCUGCGGAAGACAACACACAUCCCGAUGAGUAG